CUGCACAUUCUCAUAAAAGGGACUGUGCUGUUCAAUACAUUUACUAAUGCAAUAUUGCAUACAAACAUUUUAAUCUUAUCAGUAAACUUAUCUUACAGCAAUUCUUAGUAAUUUCUAUCCAAUCGAUUAUUUCAAUCUCAACCUUAUCAGCUGAUAUGUAAAAUCGAAGUACAUUUCCGUAGCUACUUUAUGCACAGUCGUCUUUGAUGGAUUGUUCCGUGCAUAUACAGCAAUAUUUACAAGUACUUUAUUAUUAAUAUAUUUUGUGUGUUAGUAUUUAAAAUUCAUGAGUCAUUAUUCUUCAAACCAUUUGGAAAUUAAUAAUAUUGGUUCAGUUUGAAUAUUCAGAAUGAAGAGAGUCGCUUUCGAAAUUGCUUUGAACAAAAAUAUAUCACCGAAUGAAAUUCGUGAAUCAUUGUUGGAUAAUGAAUUUAUGAGCGACGUAACAUUCAUUCUCGAAAAUGGCAACGCUCUCUUCACAGCACAUCGAAUGUUCCUAAUGACUGCAUCGCCACUCUUCCAAAAAAUACUAACCGAGAAUAAUCAAAAGCAGUUGAACAUAAAAAUCGAUCAAAUAUCAAAAUCAAUUAUGAAGGAAAUUUGUCGUUAUGCAUACACUGAGGAUGUUAAGUUUACAGACGAAAAUAAGUUUGAUGUUUUGUUUGCCGCGACGAAAUUCGAGAUGAAAAAUUUAAUUGAGAAAACAAUUGAAUUUAUUUGUAAGCAGUUGAGUGAAAAAACAGUUUUUAAGACACUUGAGUUGAACAAGAAGUUCCAUAACUUGAAAAUCAAUUUAAAAUGUUUUGAAUUUAUUGAAAAAAAUCAUCAAAAAUGUUUUGGAAAUCUUGAAUUUUUGAAGAUUUCGGAAGAUUUGCUUAGAAUUAUGAUGGAAACUUGCAAAAUUCCUGGAGAGUCUGCAGCAAAUGGUAUAAAAAUGUGGACCAAAGCAAACAAUUCUGACGAUUUAGAGGAACUUAUAGGAUUGAUUAAUUUGAAAGAGUCUAGCGAUGCAUCGGAUACUGAGUCUGUCGCUAGUUCAAGAAUUAGUGAAUCAUCAAGAAGUGCAAGAGGGAGAAGACCACGUCGAACUGGGAGAAAUACUAGGAAAUCAAAUCAAAUUUCAUCGUACAGUGCCUCAAAAUUUCAUGUGCCUGGAACCAAUGUAAACAUGCAGCAAGCAGGUAUGAAGUGUUUCAAAUUAAUUGGAAACAUGUCUCGAAAGAAUUUUAAAUAUGCGAAUUUGGAUAUUUCUGCAAAAGUUGACAAUGUGUUCCUUCAUGCAUUAGUAUUUGUUUACGAUUUGAGAACAACUGAUAAAGAAUUUAAAAUUUCCGUGUAUCAGGUUGACAACAAUAUACGCAAAACUCUCUAUGCUGAUCAAUUCAUUAUGGAUACAAGCACUGGUCCAUUAAUUGGAUAUAAGUUUGGCAGUGAAGUUGAAAUAAAAGCAUUUCAGAAAAUUUGGAUUAAAAUUGAAUUUUCUAAACAAGAAUACAGAUUGACAUUUGAUCAGUAUGGUGAAAUGCAACAGCAUAUUGGAAGUGAUAUCAUGUUGAGACGAGAUUCUGAAUGUAAUUCUUAUUCUCAAAUCAUUUCUGCCAUUUAUUACAAUAUUCGAUGAGGGGUCGGUCACUUUUGACGUCUGUCAAAAAGUAUGAUUUUUAGACCCCUCCCCUCCUCCCUCCAUCGCUGUCACAAAAGCCUGUCUCUGUCUUUGUUUCAGUUUUCACAAAAUCACAAACCCCCCCCUCUAAAUCAUAGACGUCAUAAAGGGCUGUCACAUAUGACGUCCAGAGGGGGGGAGGGGGUGUCAGCAAGAAAGAAACAAUAAAAAUUCUUGGAAAUCCAUUGUUAUUUUUUGAAAAUUGACCGUUAAUUUCAAACGUCAUAAUUGAACGACCCCUAAAAAUCAAAUGUUUUUAUUCAGUUUGUUUAAAAAUUUUAAAAAAAAAUUGAACUUCAAAAAAAAAAUUCAAGUACUUAUUACGUAAAGCAAAAAAAACGACUCUUUAGACCUCCUCCUUCCCCCUCUUUGUAUCAAAAUUAGUGUGAAAAAAAUUCUUUGACAAUCGUAACAAGAUCUUAGACCUCCUCCCCCCCCCCCCCCCAAAAACUUUACAAAAUAAGUGAACGGCCCCUAAAAAAGUUAAAUUUUUCAAAAUUUUAAAAACAAUAGAAUUUCUUUUUAUAAUUAAAAAAUUCCCCACACGCCAUAGCUUGAUGCACUUUUCUUACACAACACGAAAGUUUCAUCAUUGUUCUAUUUUAAAAUUCUUAACUAUCACAUAAAAAACUUUUAAAUUUCAUAAUUAUAGCUUUUUUGUACACGACAUGAAUAGAAGAAAUUUCUUCGCUCAAUAAAGAUCGAUAUUAUUAAAAAGUUUUCAUCGUAAGUUUUUAUAAAAGUGCAUUUUAUUUCUUAAAUGACUGUUAGUGUUGCAAAUUUGUAUUUAUAUAACUUUGUCUUGUGUUUUUUGUGGUGCAAAAAUGAUUCUUGUCAUUUUUCAAAAUUUUGGAGAGACAAUAAAAUGUUCAAUUUUAAAACCUUUUCAACUGUGUCCUUACAUAUUUACUGAUACUUUGUUCCUAGGUGGAGCUUAGGUGGAGCUUAGGCUACAAAAGAGGCUUCCCAUAUGACUCUGUAGCUUGCUUUGUCACCAGGUUUGUACAAUUUGUCUUUGUGAACAUUAAGCAGACAUUCCUUCAUCACUGUUCUGCGCUAAGUAGCUUUUGGAGCUUCUGUUGUAUAUUAAAUUGUGUUUUUUGCAAUAACUAAUAAGAAUGUUAAAGGAAACAAAAUUCUUAAGACAGCUCAAGCAUGGAUUUUUCGAGGGAUCCAAAUUUUUUUUUUGUUGUCAAAAAUCAACAAAAUCUACUCUAUUUGAUUAUUGAAAUCUAAUUUCACUGUUUUCCCCUAAAACUAAUUAAUGGUUGAAAUUUUAAUCUCAAGGAGGUUGCCCCUGAGAUGACCAUCUGACCUGCCCCCCUUGCCUAUGCCCUUCAAACUUUUAUAGUUAAAAUUAAGUCUUAAGCA